CCAUAUUGGUGUAGCUGUUGUCUUUCUGUUUGCAGCUGGGUUUUUAGGGAGCUCUGGGGAGAGAAAUCACGCCACCAUGGAGCUCAGUACACUUCUCGGCGCUUUCAGAGAUUUUGAGAAGAAAGGGAAAAAGGAAACAUGCCCCAUUUUGGACCAGUUUUUGUGCCAUAUAGCCAAAACUGGAGAGACAAUGAUUCAUUGGUCCCAGUUUAAAAGCUACUUCCUUUUCAAGCUUGAAAAAGUCAUGGAUGAUUUUAAAGCUUCGUCUCCGGAGCAGAGGGGUCCGGCCAAUCCAAAUGUUGAAUACAUUCCCUUUAAAGAGAUGAAGGACCGGAUACUAAAAAUCGUGGAUGGCUAUAACGGGAUCCCUUUCACAAUCCAGCGUCUGUGUGAACUGCUCACUGAGCCGAAGAGAAACUACACAGGAACGGACAAGUUCCUCCGAGGUGUGGAGAAGAAUGUGAUGGUGGUCAGCUGUGUGUAUCCUACCUCAGAGAAAAAUGGCUCCAGUGGUGUGAACAGGAUGAACGGAGUCAUGUUUCCUGGAAAUGCUUCUGCUCUUCCGGAUAGAAAUGUGAAUGGUCCAGGAACACCUAGGCCAAUGAAUAGAUCAAAGCUUUCUCUGUCAAGCAGCAUAACUGCCAAUGGCCUCCCGGACAGCACAGAGUCCAGCGAGCAAGGUCUUCAACAGACCGAGAGAACAGUCAGUGAUUCCUUGACGUCAGAGACAGUCUGCUCAAGCGAAGGGAUAAUGAAGGGCAAGCACCGCAAGGACGAGGAACUGGAAGAGGAUGAGGAAGAAGAUGAGGAGGAUGAGAACAGGCAUAAUGCCAAACGGCUUAAGAUUGAUAAGGACACGGAGGAGGAGAAUGAAGCCAGUGGAAAGGAGUUUUCUUGUCAUGCUCCUGUUGAGAGCUCUACAGAUGUGGCCGAGUCCUCUCCGCAUGUUAGUUUGGAAGUGAAAGACACAUCUGCUCUUGCUUCCGAAGAUCAAGAGCCGUCCAGCACACAGUCAGAGUCCAGAGAUGUCACGGCUGGCGAGUCGUGCACGCUGGAUUCUCCUGGCUCCCCCCACAGUAAUGAAAAUGGGUGUGAAGCAGAGCUGUCGGAACACAAGGCACAGCCGAAGAGGCUGGACCCCACAGAGAUGGAGGAGGCUGAGGAAAACAGUGACCCAGUAAGCAGUAGCAGUAACAGUGGGAGUGAGGAAGGAGAGAGUCAUGCAGAGUCUGCAUCUUCGUCUCCCAGCAGUUACACAGAGCCGGCAGCAGAGGGCAACAGCGUUACACAGGACACCUCACAAAGCUCAGAGACUGCACAAGACUCUGUAGAGCAAGGCUGAAUGCACUGGUUAUGUUUUAGUUUUUGUGUGUGGUGGUUUUUUUUUUUUUUUUUUCCUGUUUAAACACAACACCACAUCAGCCCCAAACUACCAGCAGCCCUGGAGUGCAAGUCUUAAUACCUCACACUAGAGGAGGAGAGCAUUCUCAUGAUAAUGCAGAGAACCUUCUCCUCCUCAGAUCUCUACACAAACCUUGCAUGGCCUUCUGACAGCCACACUUCAUGCUGUGUAUCCGUUCUUUUUCUGGAGAAUGAUUUGAGCUUUUGUUUACUGACGCAAGCCUACAGUGGCGAAUGUAUGACGAUGAUCUAAUCGCGGUUAUCAUCCAGUCGUCUCCAACCGAUUUACCACAAAUUUUUUAUAUAAAGGUGUUUGACUUGUGUGUCCCACCUUGUGUGUUUUUUUUUUUUUUUUUUAUUAAUUGAUCAGGAUGAUGCCAUCAGAAAGAGAUGAUUUAAUCUACAAAUCAGGAUUAAAACAUUCCAGGGGCCUCUUCAAAAUAAAAAAAAUACCACGUAGGAUUAAACCACUAGAGGUUUUAAUUCAAACACCAUCUAUUCCUGAACGAAGUCAACGUGUCUGUCUGGACGAUUAUGUAAACAAGAAUCACUGGAAUAAAGCAUUUUCUACUUGUCAGAUCAUCAUUUAUUAUUUUCCAGCAACAAAAUAUAAAGGUUAAUGGACCAAUACCUGUAUUUCUAAAAAUUAAUUUCAUAGGAACAUGAGAAAAUAACUGUAUAUCUUUUAGUGAUUACUGUUCAAGCAGCAAGAGCCUGACCAAAUGCCAAUUUAGUUCGAAUCGUAUGCAGCAUCACCUUUUUUUUUUUUUUUUUUUUUUUUUAUUUAUCUCUACUGCCUUCUGCCUUUGCUUUGUUGUGACACGAAAAGUCAUCUUAUAGUUUCUUUUCUUUUCUUUUUAAAAUUUAUUCUUCAACCACUCUGUUUUCCUGCUCUUGGAAUAUGAAAACUCUUAUCUGUAGUGAAGUUAGGCAUGCCUUUAUUGCUCUCUGGAGGAGUGUGAUCAAGCGUGGAGUAGAGGAGCACCAAUUAAGUUCUUUCCUCUGCGCUUUCUUUCUUUCUUUCUUUCUUUCUUUAGAAAAGAAAAAGAAAAGAGUUAUAAAAUGUCAACAGCCUCUCUGUUAUGAACACGGUAGCAACAACCUACUUUUUUUUUUUUUAAUUUAAAGUUUUAUCACACAAUUUAGUACUUCUUGCUCUAGCAUUUUUAUGGUGCUGUUAAAUGGACUGUAAUUUCACCUGCGUUAGAGAUCCAUUCAGUUAGUUGGAAUGUAAGUAACUGAAAUAGCUGUUUGAAAAUAGUAUGUUUGUUUUUAACCACUAUUGAGCAAUUCUUAUCGAUGUCUGUAAUAAGCUCUUCACAUGACAUUUUCUCUCCUAGGGAAAACAUUUCUGAAAAUGGUGAUGAACUCAUUGAACACUACCCCUCCUCUGCCGGCUUAGUAACAUCUGAGCUAACAUGGGCAUAGGCCGUCGUAUCUUUAACUAAUUUCAUAACUCCUUUUUGAUAUUUAGAAUUUUUAAAUUUCUAUAACGUAGAAUUUGUAGAAUGUCAUGAAGUGUUCAAAGCCUUUGUGUAAUCAAUUUUAUGAUUUCCCUGUGAACUGAUAUGCCUGGGCUUUCAAUACAGUAUUCAAGUAAAGCAAUAAAUGUUAAAAGUUAAAACGUUGACGAGACUUCAUUUGUGCAUGAUGAAGUAGCAGCCAUUAGGAAACAAAUAAAUUUUGGAA